GGUUGUGCAGAUGUUAGAUUGCGCUAAAGAGGAGUACCGCGCGUCUGGCCGUCUGGCUGUAACACAUCAUAUUCUGUCGGAGGACAGGUGGUGCACACAUAGACAUGUUUUUGCUGCAUAUCAAUUGGGCCCAAAUGAAAAGAUGAAGCGGCAUCCGAAACUCACCAGGACGUGUAGGUUUGCGUGACGGGGGAGAGACUGCAUAACAACUAGGCAGCAAUUUAAUUGAGUCGUCUAAUAACGGUGGGCAUUAUGGACGCUAUAACGGGACCGCUGCCGUCUUAUUGAUUGUGGAUCGCUCGGUGCUGAGAUGGGCUGCAGGCAGUGCACUUGAAAUAAAAACCCGUCUGCCGGACGUUCUGAUCCGUUUAAUUCGCACGUAAUGUGUCUUCUUGGGUAAUGUCUCUUAUCACUAUUCAACACGUUGCUGGCAAGCAAGGCUGGAAUGGGUCCAUGUCUGAACUGCGUCUAUAAUUUCUUGGGAUGAUGUGUGUCCUCCAGCUGUCUUCGAACCUGCCCCUGUCGGCCCGCCCUGACCUCCCAGCCAGCCAGCGCCACCGGCAGCAGCAGCAGCAGACGACUCACUUCUGAACACUUAAACCACCACCUACCCCAACCCCCCCCUUCACCUUCGCCCUGUCCCUCCGGCCGUCGGCCCCUCGGUCCGUCCGUCCGUCCGUCCGUCCGUCCGUCCCUCCGUCCGUCCCGGUGCUGCGAUGCGGCGGUUUGUGUACUGUAAGGUGGUGCUCACCACCUCUCUGGUGUGGGUGCUGGUGGACGUCUUCCUGCUGCUCUACUUCAGCGAGUGCAACAAAUGUGACGACAGGAAGGACCGCUCGCUCCUGCCUGCGCUCAGAGCGGUGAUCUCCCGGAGCCACGAGGGUCCGGGGGAGAUGGGCAAGGCGGUCAACAUCCCAAAGGACUCCCAGGACAAGAUGAAGGAGAUGUUCAAGAUCAACCAGUUCAACCUGAUGGCCAGCGACAUGAUCGCGCUGAACCGCAGCCUGCCGGACGUUAGGCUCGACGGGUGUAAGAGCAAGGUGUUCGCCGACGACCUGCCGACCACCAGCAUCGUGAUCGUGUUCCACAACGAGGCGUGGAGCACGCUGCUGCGGACGGUGCACAGCGUCAUCACGCGCUCGCCCCGCCACCUGCUGCUGGAGAUCCUGCUGGUGGACGACGCCAGCGAGAGAGACUUCCUGAAGAAGAAGCUGGAGAACUACGUGCGCACGCUGGAGGUGCCGGUGCGCGUGCUGCGCAUGGAGCAGCGCUCGGGGCUGAUCCGGGCGCGGCUCCGGGGCGCCGCCGCCACCAAGGGCCAGGUCAUCACCUUCCUGGACGCCCACUGCGAGUGCACCACGGGCUGGCUGGAGCCGCUGCUGGCCCGCAUCAAGGAGGACAGGAGGGCGGUGGUGUGCCCGAUCAUUGACGUGAUCAGCGAUGAGACCUUUGAGUACAUGGCCGGCUCCGACAUGACCUACGGAGGCUUCAACUGGAAGCUCAACUUCCGCUGGUACCCCGUACCUCAGAGGGAAAUGGACCGCCGCAAGGGGGACCGAACACUUCCUGUCAGGACCCCCACCAUGGCAGGAGGUCUGUUCUCUAUAGACAAGUCCUACUUUGAGGAGAUAGGAACGUAUGAUCCAGGGAUGGACAUCUGGGGAGGGGAGAACCUGGAGAUGUCCUUCAGGAUCUGGCAGUGCGGGGGUUCCCUGGAGAUCGUCACAUGUUCCCACGUGGGUCACGUGUUCCGCAAGGCCACGCCCUACAGCUUCCCCGGGGGAACGGGUCAGGUGAUCAACAAGAACAACCGACGACUGGCCGAGGUCUGGAUGGACGACUUCAAAGAUUUCUUCUACAUCAUAUCGCCAGGCGUGGUGCGUGUGGACUACGGUGACGUCUCGUCCCGCAAGGCCCUCCGCCAGGCCCUGCAGUGCAAGCCCUUCUCCUGGUACCUGGAGAACAUCUACCCCGACUCCCAGAUCCCCCGGAGAUACUACUCCCUCGGAGAGAUCAGGAACGUGGAGACCAAUCAGUGUGUGGACAACAUGGGGAGGAAGGAGAACGAGAAGGUGGGCUUCUUCAACUGCCACGGCAUGGGGGGCAACCAGGUGUUCUCGUACACGGCCGACAAGGAGAUCCGUACGGACGACCUCUGCCUGGACGUGUCCCGUCUCAACGGCCCCGUCGUGAUGCUGAAGUGCCAUCACAUGAAGGGCAACCAGAUGUUUGAGUACGACACCGAGCGGCUAACGCUGCUCCACGUGAACAGUAACCAGUGUCUGGACAUGCCAACGGAGGACGACAAGAUGGUGCCUACUCUGAGGGACUGCAGCUCCAGCCGCUCACAGCAAUGGCUUCUCCGCAACAUGACCCUGAGCGUCUGAGGACCCCCCCUCUCGCUCUGACUCUCACUCUCCCUGUAGCUCGCUCUCUCUCUCUCUCUCUCUCUGGGUCUC